AUGCUCGAGAUCCUCCAAGAGGUCAACCGCGCGGAGCUGGCGCUCGAAGGGGGCAAGCGAUCCCUUUGGUCGUCCUUCUCGAAGACACCAGUUGAACGAGGACGGGCCUCGGUGGCAGGGUCCAUCAAGAAGAUCGUCAUGGGCCACAGACCCAAUCUCGUUGGCGAGCUGGACACGGACUACAACCAGGGGGCGGCCUGGCUGGGUGAGGACAUGGUGGCAGGCAUGGGACCCCCUCCGGACGGAUCGGGGAGCAGGGCCAUCGAGACCCGGGCGGGACCUGCCUGGGUCAACGAAUCCAAGGUUGCUAAGUUCCUCAAGAUCUCUCGACAAACCGUGGAGGAGCACUCGCUGACAAUCUUCGGGUGGAACGUGGGCGGGGGAUGGAAUGCCAAGCCAAUUGGGCAGUGGAAAAUGGUCGGGCAUAGAGUUGAGUCUGAGUGGCGCGGUACGGGCGUGCUGUUUAAAAAGGACUCCUGGACUCUCAUGCGACGCCUGAAGGCCGAGAGGGGCACUUGGUACCGCCUGCGCCACGUGCAGGAAGGCAGUGAACUGUGGGUCGGGAGCCUUUACCUUAAGCCGGAACUGUCUCAGGAUGGGCAUGCUGUUGCUGUGCGAGAUUUGCUUCGGGCCCUUCCCACAACGAACCUCCCGGGGAUACUUUCAGGCGAUACGAACUCUGCCCUUAGCUGGGGCGAGGAUGAGUCAGGUGAACUCGCCUCGGCCGGCUCAACGAGAGACCCCGACAACAUGCCCGCGGCAGGAAGGACGGAUACCCGCCCCAGAUCGCUAGCCACUCCCCUUCGUGCAAUCGCCUCCUUGGACCAGACGGAACUUGAGAGGCUGGCGGCAGUGCACACCAAGCCCAAAAAAGGCGAGAGCUACCAGGACCCGGCGGAUGUCAAAGUCCUGUUCCGCAUGGCACGUCAUGGACGGGACAAGGAUGCUUGGAAAGCAGCCUUCCAGGCUCGUCGUAAGGCCAGGGUGAGGUGGGAGAAGGAGAAGCUUGCCGAAGCUUGCAAGGGAAACUGGGGAGCUUUUCGCAGGUUUCGGAAGAGAACCAACUUGGACUGGGAAUACUCUUUUGCGGAUGCGCACCAUGAGCCCCACACGGUCAUUCACGAUCACCUCCAGGGCAUCUACACAUCGGAUGACUGUGUCAAACCCAUGACACCGGAACUACCCUUUGUGCCUAUCUCCAUGGAUGAACUGAAAGCGGCAAUUCAUCAGGGCAAAACCGGAGUCAGCGUCUGCCAUGAUGGUACGAGUCAUGACCUCCUCCUAGGGAUCAUGGAGGCUGAGGGAGGGGCAGAAGCUCUUCGUGCCUGGUUUAACUACCUUCUGGAAUUGGGGGAUCUCCCUGCUAACUGGUAUAGAUCGCUCAUGAUUGUCCUCCCCAAGGUCCAGCGAGGUAUUCGUCAGGGCUCAGUAGAGUCCCCACUCUUCUUCUCGUGUCUGGCUGAGUUGACAGUGGAGCUGACUGCUGCCCAACACCGUUGGCCGCGCGAGGACCCGGCCCUGCCUGGGUUGAUGUUGAGUGAGCUCCUCUUCGUUGACGGUGGUGUGCUUUGGAAUUCUUCGACCGCUACCCUAGCACAACGAGUGGCGCAGUGGGCGGCAGUCUUACGGCAGUGUGGCCUUCGUAUCAACCUGAGCAAGUGCGAGUUUUAUGUGAGCCCGUCCAGCAAAGGGGGCCGGUCGAUUACCAUCAUGGGGGUUGCUCUUCACGCCUCGCCGCGCUUGACUGUCAUGGGCCUUCAGCUCCAUGUCAAAGCUACCGUCUGCGAAAUACUUGCAGGUCUACUGGCCAAGGUGGUCGCUGGGGCGGGGCUCUGGUGUAUCAGCGGCUUCUACCCGGAAGCCUCGGCACUUCACCUCGUCAACACGUUCCAGCUCCAACUGGUCAUCACGAUGAUGGAUCUCAAACGGGGGGAUGGCGAAACGUGGCUGACCUUCCGCAAGAAAGCCUAUCGUGCGGCCAGGGGGGUGCUGUGGAAAGGGGACCACAAGAGGCUCAUGAACGGUGAGCGCAACCUUGACUUGACGGCAGGAGGACCCUGGCGGAUCGCAGCUCAGCGGCGCCCUGACCUUAGCUGCUUCCGCUUGCGUACCGCCAUGACAUCCAUGGACCUUUUCCUUUUGAUGGGCGCUGCUGUAAUGGCACUUGCCCAGCGGGGGCUGACGGCCACGACCUCUCCGAGAGUGUGCCCGGUGUCCUCGCCUUCUACUUCCUCUCAAACUUCAUCUUGCACGACCCUCGAGCACUACGAGCACAACGAGCACUGCGACCCCACGAACCCGGACCCCCCUCUUUCUGUGACCUUCGAGAACCUCCCGGACUUUGCCUCCUUCUUGACGGUGCCGACCACCUUUGGCCUGAGUAUCCUCACCACCGUCGUAGGGUUCGACGAGCCCUUCGAGGACGAAGAUGCCCCUGCAUGGUGGUGGGACAUGGUGGACCGAGUCCGCCUCCUCAUGGACAACGGGGCAGACGGGAUUGCCUUCGGAGAUCGCCUCAUGACAGUGCUGCGGACGUACUCAGACGAGCGGUUCAUCGAGGACACCCUGCUCUACGUCAACGGACUCCUGCGGGCCAUGCACCUCCACCGUCCCCUGCAAUCGAGGCCAGAUGCUCUUCCAGCCGAAACGGCCUUGGCCAGAGAAGCCUCGCAGAUCAUCGCGGAGCUCCGCGAAAACUGGCUGUGGACUUGCUGCCCUACAGCCAUGCAAAACCAACGACUUGAGCGCCAGCUGGCAGCCCUUGGAUGCACAGGAGGUCAAGAUCUCCUCAUCGCCGAGAGCGCCCGCCUGCCCUUGAUGACGACGCCUCGCCCUGCUGCCCCGAAGGCGACGAAGCAAACCUCAUGGCUGGACGAGGUACAUGGCGCCCCAAAAAGCGAGCCAACAGGAAGAGGAGCUCAGGAAAGCCUUCAGGCCGAGGACGAGGGCGGACGCCGGCCAAGGCCCCCACUCGUGGAGGUCGCGGGCGAGGGCGGACCGAUGACCGGCCUGUUGGGCCACUGGGGCCAAGAACUUUGCGAUGCUCCACUUCCUACGUGCACUUCGAUGACGAGGGCAACACAUGCCGGUCAGUGCACCCAAGAUGCACAGGCGAGCAUCGCACCGAGGCGGAAGCAGUGGGAGUGCUAUGUGGUGUCCUUGGGCUCGAGGAGAUGGACCCGGACCCCUCUCACUCCCAGCUUCGUGCCUGCCUUUAUGCAGCAUAACCUCCAGGAGACCAUGGCAGGCAUGAGCCCAGCGGGGCAGGCCCUCAUGUAUCGCAGCCUGGGAUCCUGCAUACAACGGCUUGGUGAUGAACUCGAGGAGGUGAUGGUGGAAUCCAAGACCGCAGCCCGACCACCCACUCCCAAAAAGAUGCCCAAAGCUGGACCCUCCCAGCCUAUCCCAACCGAAGGCCGUAGGGCCUCCGGGUCGACGGACAACGCCUGGCGACACCAUGCCUCAGAUGAAAGGGCGGAAUGGGUAGAUGAAAAGGAAGAAUGGGUGGACAUCAUUGUGGACACUGACGAUGAGGCCGCGCUCAUGCAGCUGCCCGCCCUCGCUACUGAAAAUGACUCCGCAGACUCCGCCGACUACGUGCACCCUCCUACCCGCGAGGACCGAGAACGCACUCCACGAGGAGGCCAAUCUGAUACUUUGCCUUCGCCUCCCGAGCCGCAUGCAGUACAGCCACGCCCCAGCUCCAUGACGAGCGAAGGGGCUCAACAGCUUCAACCACCUGCCGAGCUCCAACCUGGCAUACUGCGAUGGCGGCCUGCUGCGGCAGCGAGCUUGGACGUCCUCCGGAACUGUGGCGGCGGGACGGCUUGCCUGACUCGUCGUUUCCGGGGUCUCAUCCUCAACAGGGGAGUCCACAGCUACGAGAACUAUGCUGAACCACUGCUCACAUCUUGGAGAACUUGCUACUCGACCCCCUCAUCCCUGAAGACCGAGUCGACGACCUCGAAUGGUGCAUUCGGGUCGAAAACCUGGGGCGAGACACUUCCCCCGGAGCACCCCGGCAGUUUGUGGGAAUCUUCGCUGCAGUGGACGGCAUUCGACCGGGCAACCAGACCUACACUACUUUGGAGCAAGUGCCCGUGGCGAGAUGACUCCCAAGCCCUGGUACAAACCUUCCUGCGCGGAGGGACGGGUGCUCCCGAUGGACCUCCGGCGGGUGGGGGCCUCCAUCAAGUACUACAAAGCGUCGACCUGCGCCUUUCCCAGCUGGAAGUCCAGGCCCGUGUUCGUUGGGCACUUACGCUGCUCCACAGCCUCCGCCGCCACUACAGCUGCGACGGCACCCGGGUCAUGCUGCCGCCUGAAGCUGAACCAGCAGAAGCCCUGUUGGCGAGUCACGCAGUAGCGGACGAAGGCAAUGACACUGUGAAUGAGCUGGACAACCAGGACUCCAGCUUCACGGCCUCCUGGUUUGAUCAGCUUCGGUCGGUGCUGCCGUUGCCAUGUAGGCAUGCAGCCUCAGCCAUUGCCGGCCUGGAGUCAGCGGUGAUCCCCGAGGCCACCAAUGUCCUCGACUCGGACGAGGAAACGGUCCAGCACCCCCCCUCUCACGCGGACACCCAACGAUGGCUCGAGGAAGAGGAAAACGAGGCUAGAGCGGCAGCCAGUGCAGCUCAAGCCUGGGAUGACUGGGCCAUGGCAUCGGAGAUGGUGAACGGGCCAGCGGAAAAGCGCCAACGACUGGUGGUCACGAACUACCGCGACCUCCCCGCACGCACGCCGCCCGGAGCCAGCGUACAGAUCCACUUCAGUAUGCCCUCGCCGGGCCUUGGUCCGAACACGCCCGGAUCGGCAAUGGGAUCAGCCAUGGAGCCGGGAGUCUGGCCACAGGGAGUCCUGCACCAAGGGAGCACACAGAUGGACACGGCAGCGGUGUCCCCGGCUCACCUCGCCAUCGGGCACACGGGAGAUGUUCACUCUGCUAUGGGGGUAGAUGAGCCAGAGACUCCGCCAGAGCGGAUCUCAGAGGAGAUGGAGUUCCACAGAACUUUGCAACGCAUGACGAAGGAGGACCUCUACCAGCUCUGA